AUGUCUACCGAACCCAGAUCUCCAGUAAAAAAAGACGCGACGAGCCCCAUAAAGUCUCCCGAAUCAAAGGGAAAAGGGAAAACAAAGGCUCUUGCUGAGGACGUGUCAAUGGAGGAAGAGGAGGAGGAAGAGGAAGAAGAAGACGAGGAAGAAGGUGACGAGGAAAUGGAAGAGGAGGACGAGGAAGAUGAUCACGAGGAAAUCGACCCCAGCGCAAUCCUUCCUCGUCGCACCCGUGGCACACGCGUCGAUUAUACAUCCGAGGAAGCCCUCAAAAAGGCUGGCCUCACAAAGGAUGACCACGAUGACGACGACGACGAAGGCAUGGAACAUUAA